AUGCAGCUCCGUGCCCUUGUUUUUGGCUUGGCUAUGACCGCCUCGGCGCUUCCCUUGGGCCCCAUUGAUUCAAAGGUUUUGGAUAUUGCCAAGCGUAUCGGCGAGACCACGACACUUUCCAGCAUUUUCAAACGGAUCAGCUCAAUUGAGCCGUCAAUUGACACCGCUAAGCGCAACAAUGAGGUUGAAGAUUCUCUGGACAUUGCCAAGCGUGCUAGUCAGGCGAAACCCUUUGUGGACAUUCCCUGA